AUGUCGUCCACCAGCAACGCCUCCAUUGACAAGUUCAACGGAGACAAUUACGCAACGUGGAGCCGGUACAUGCGCGGUGUGUUUUUGACGAAGUCCGUCUGGCACGUUGUCAACCGUGAAGUGACUCCGACUUUCACCGACCCGCGAGCGUCCGAUGACUACGUCAAGGCAAGCAACGUCGCGUUUGGUAUGAUGCUGCUGCACAUGAACGCGGACUACCAUCAUGUGCUGGACAACUGCGAGGAAGCCUGGGUUGCGUGGACAAGUCUGAAGACGCUGUACGGUGGGUCGCAGAAGGCAGGACGCAUCUACCUCAAGCGACAACUUUUCAGUAUCAAGAUGGCUGAAGGCGCGAACGUCAUGCAUCAUUGCAACGAGGUCCUCAACAUCUCCGCCAAGCUUAGCGGCAUCGGUGCGAAGAUGGAAGACGAAGAUGUUGCAUUGUAG